GUGUCCCACCCCGCCGGGUCGCAGCUCGGCUCCUGCGAGCUUCCGCCGAGACCGCCCCCCGGGAAGCCGUGUUUCCUUCCUGCAGUGGCGGCCCCGCGUGGGGCACGGAGGGGCUGGCGCGCCCAGAGGCUGCAGGCCUUCCCGAGGGCGCGCCCGCAGCGCGCCCCGCCCCGGAAACACGUCCCCUCCGCCUCGGCGCGCUUUCCAAACACUCGGGUGUCCUCGCUUCCCGCUGCUUAGGGAGCUUCGUUCUUGCCCGCCAAACCCGCAGCCACCUGGGCGCUGCGAUGAAGCGGACCCGCGAGGAGGUGGAUGCCACGCUGCUGAUCGCUGCGCGCUGCCUGAGCUUCGGCCCGCCGGCCAGCGGCGACUUCUGCCUGCUGCAGCUGGAGCCCAAGCUGUGCCAGCAGCUGGAGGAUGGACACAGUCUGGUGAUUCGUGGUGAUAAAGACGAGCAAGCUGUGCUGUGCAGUAAGGACAAAACAUACGACUUGAAGAGAGCAGACACUUCCAAUGUGCUGCUUUUCAUUCCUGGUUGUAAAACUCCAGACCAGCUGAAGAAGGAAGAGGCGCACUGUAACAUUAUUCACACUGAGAUCUUUGGUUUUUCUAAUAAUUAUUGGGAAUUAAGAAGAUGUAGACCUAAGUUAAAGAAGCUAAAGAAACUUUUGAUGGAAAAUCCGUAUGAAGGACCUGACAGUCAAAAAGAGAAGGAUUCAAAUUGCUCAAAAUAUACAACUGAAGAUUUGCUUGAUCAAAUUCAGGCAAGUGAGGAAGAAAUAAUGAUCCAAUUACAAGUUCUAAAUGCCUGUGAAAUUGGAGGUUAUUGGAGGAUUCUUGAAUUUGAUUAUGAGAUGAAACUUCUGAAUCAUGUAACUCAGCUUGUGGAUUCUGAAUCAUGGUCUUUUAGAAAAGUUCCUUUGAAUACAUGCCUUCAGGAACUUGGACCAUUGGAGCCAGAGGAAAUGAUAGAACACUGUCUUAAAUGUUAUGGGAAGAAAUAUGUAGAUGAAGGGUUUAGCACUGGUGGAUAG